AUGAACCCUGAAGGUACUUUCGAUGCUGGUGAGAUGUCUCUAACACGAUGUGAUGUUUGUGACUCCUCAGGUGGACGCCACGUUUCGUCUGCAGAGGACGAUGGAGAAGACAAUGGGAUCACCGGACAUGGUCAGGGAGAGAGACCUUUUCUGUGCUCGGAUUGCGGUCAAAGUUUUAAACGGAAAGAUCAUCUGAUCAGACAUGUGAGAAUUCACACGGGGGAGAGUUUUCCGUGUGUAGAGUGCGGGAAACGUUUCAAAUGGAAGGACCGACUGGUAGCGCAUAUGAGAACCCACACAGGCGAAAAGCCGUACUAUUGUCCAGAGUGCGGGAAACGCUUCGCCCAGAAAGGCAAUCUUAACAAGCAUCGGGAAACUCACACAGAGAAAAGGUCCCUGUCGUGCUCAGAGUGCGGGAAGUGUUUUGAAAAGAGAUCUGAGCAUACCAUACAUCGGAGAAUUCACACUGGUCAGGUGACCUUUUCCUGCUUGGAAUGCGGAAAAUCAUUUAUAAAUAAAUCCCAACUUACUGUACACCAAAAAAAUCACACCGGGGAAAGGCCCUUCCCAUGUUCUGAAUGUAAUAAAUCGUUCGUAGCAAAAUCAGAACUUGUUGUACAUCAGAGAAGCCACACCGGGGAGAAGCCGUUUUCAUGCCCAGAGUGCGGGAGAGGCUUUUCCAUUAAAGGACAUUUAACGUGCCACCUGAAACUGCACACUGGUGAGAAGCCGUUCUCCUGCCAAGAGUGUGGGAAACGUUUCAGACUUAAAGAUGAACUCAUUGUACACAUAAGAAGCCACACGGGCGAGCUUCCUUUUGUAUGCUUAGAGUGCGGGAAAGGUUUUGCACUGAAGGCUAAACUUCGCAGGCACGAGAGAACUCACACGGGCGAGCGACCCUUUGCCUGUUCGGAGUGCGAGAAAAACUUCUUACAAAAAUCGCACCUUCUCAGACACAUGAGAAACCACACAGGCGAGCGUCCUUUCCUGUGUGUAGAGUGCGGGAAGCGUUUCCUUUAUAAGCGAGACCUUUCUGCUCACCAGAGAAGUCACGCGGGUGAGCAUGUUUUUUCGUGCUCGGAUUGCGGGAAAUGUUUCACUUACAAAGGGCAAUUUCUGAGACACCUGAAAACUCACACGGGUCAGUCUCCUCCUUCCUGCCCCAUAGUGCGGAAAGGGUUUCACCCAUAA